GGGCGGGCCUAAAAGCGGAUUAUAUUCAGGAUUUCCAGAGCCUUCACUCCAGGCGCGACCUUGGAUUCUCUGCGUCUGACGUCGUAAUCGGAAACAUUAAAAUAUGUCUAAAGAGGCCCCCUGUGAGCCAGAACAGCUCCGGAAGCUGUUCAUUGGAGGGCUAAGCUUUGAAACGACGGACGAGAGUCUGCGAGCCCAUUUCGAGCAAUGGGGUGUACUUACAGAUUGCGUGGUAAUGAGGGACCCCAACACAAAGAGGUCGAGGGGGUUCGGCUUUGUCACGUACUCUUCAGUCAACGAGGUGGACGCGGCCAUGGAGGCCCGCCCACACAAGGUGGACGGCAGGGUGGUGGAGCCGAAGAGGGCGGUGUCCAGAGAGGAUUCAUGUAGGCCGGGUGCUCACAUGACAGUAAAAAAGAUUUUCGUUGGGGGGAUCAAAGAAGACACCGAAGAACACCACCUGCGCGACUACUUUGAUCAGUUUGGAAAGAUUGAAGUGAUCGAGAUCAUGACAGACCGAGCCAGUGGCAAGAAGAGGGGCUUUGCCUUUGUCACGUUUGACGAUCACGAUUCAGUGGACAGGAUUGUCAUCCAGAAGUACCACACCGUGAACGGCCAUAACUGUGAAGUCAGGAAAGCGCUUUCGAAGCAGGAGAUGACCAGCGCAGGGAUGAACAUGAGGGGACGAGGUGGUGGAGGAGCUGGGAACUUCGGCAGAGGAGGUGGAUAUGGAGGUGGCUUUGGAGGAAGAGGAGGUGGAGGCUAUGGUGGUGGAGAUGGAUAUAAUGGAUUUGGUGGCGAUGGUGGUUACGGUGGAGGCCCUGGCUACGGUGGUAACCGUGGAUACGGUGGUGGACAAGGAUAUGGCAACCAGGGUGGUGGUUAUGGAGGAAAUGGAGGGUACGACAAUUACAAUGGCGGCGGCGGCGGCGGUGGUGGCGGCGGAAACUUUGGAGGUGGAAACUUUGGGGGUGGUGGAAACUACAACGACUUUGGCAACUACAACUCCCAGUCAUCUUCCAGCUAUGGCCCGAUGAAGGGAGGCAACUUCGGUGGUGGUGGUGGUGGCGGCGGCGGCGGCAGGAACAGCGGGGGCCCAUAUGGCGGUGGGUACGGUGGCGGCUCCAGCGGUGGGGGCUACGGCGGUGGUUCUGGAGGUCGGCGGUUUUAGCUGAACAAAAGGACUCAGUACUUAGGAGAGGAGAGCAAGAGAGGUGACAGGGAAACGACAGGCUUACAGCCAUAGAUCUGCUCAGCCAAGCACAGUCGUGGCAGUUUACAGCUGUCACAUGAAGAGACAUGUACAAUAAACUAGAGAAGAAAAAGAAAAGGAAAAAAAAAUCAUGUGGGAGGGGUGGGGCUUCAAACAAACAAGUGUUUGUCAAAUGCUGUCAAGCACGAUUAGUUUAUAGUUGCUUUUUUGUGAAGUGUAAAGCAUUCCCAGGUUUUGUGUUUUUUUUGGUUUUGUUUUCUCCCCUUUACACCAAUAUGGUGGGGUUUUUUUUAAAUGUAACUGCAAGAGAUCAAAUUGAAAUAAACCAUCUUUCAGUCCUUUUUUACAUUGUGCAUUUUACUUUUAUGUGUUUUUUUUGGUUUUGUUUUCUCCCCUUUACACCAAUAUGGUGGGUUUUUUUUAAAUGUAACUGCAAGAGAUCAAGUUGAAAUAAACCAUCUUUCAGUUCUUUUUUACAUUGUGCAUUUAACUUUUUCAAGUCAGGGGUGAGAUCGUAGUUCCUUACAGCCAGAUGUAAAUUAGUUCAUUUGGACCUCUCAAUUCUAAUUCAACAGAUGAAGAUUUACAUGCAGCCAAAAGUUGGUUCUGUAGUGGUUGGGGCUGUUUGUGUCAAAGUUCAAUUUCAGAUAGCCAGCUGUUCUGUUAACUGUUAGCUAAAUAUUAACAGUACAGCCCCCAAUCGGCAACCAUGAGUAUUCCUGCUCAUUCUAGUAAAAACAUUUGGAUGAAAAUGCACUGUACAGCAUUAGCAGUCCCAACUGUAGUGCCUCAGUGCUGAUUGGCCAGCCCCUUGCAAUUCCAGUCAGGCAUGCAUCUGUCUUGAGGAAAUCUGGUUUAGUACUCUACAGAGGAGGGGGGAGGGUGUUUUGAAUGCAGGGCAGACUUGCUCCCAGGUUCAUAGCUGGUUCGCAGUCACCAUGGCUGUUUGGAGGCUAGCUUACUUGCAGAGCGUGAGGCUAGCCUUGGAGGCCAGCUGAGGGAGAGACAUAGCAAGAUCUUCGCAAGGAGCCAGAGAAGCAGGGGACAGUCUUUGAGUACAGAAGGUUGCUCUUGUAAGACUAGCAAGCAGCAGCUACAAAAGGGUAUUUUUAUACCAUGCUAGUAGGUAAGAACAGAUUUUUCAACUUUGUACUUGUAAUGUUUGAACGGCAGAGUAACUGGAGGCGGGGUUUGUGUCAGACAGCAGGUUUGCUUGGAGUGAAACUGCUACAAUGUACAUCAAGUUGCAUUUAAAAGUAUCGAUUCCCACUGUGGCUUGUGUCCCAUUCUAAAGGACACGGGAAAGGGUGGAAGUGGGGAAAGUAUUGGAUCUGACCAGUGAUUUGCUGUUAAGAGCCUGCCUGGUUGAUACAAACUUACUGCUAGUGUCAUUGCACAUAAAUGCUGCCAAUGCACCCAGUGACCUCUGGGAACUUGGUUGGAAAUAUUUUACCAGUAAAUGUAGUUUACUGCUAGUGUGGUAAUGCAUGCAAAUUAGUUGGAGUAGUUUGGUAUGAGGCCUGGCACUGAACCGUGUUUAAGAUCGUUUUGUUUGCAGUUUAGUUAGAACUGUGUCACGGCUUUGACAAAUCUAAUCCUUGCUAAUGUUUCUUCUGAAUGUUUGUUAGCCCUCGCUUGUUGCUGACGGUCGGUGUUUUGUUUUAUUAGGUUUCUGAUCAGGAGGCUGCUCGUGGGGUGAUGUCACGGUUGGCAGAGCUGUUGGCAAAGAAGGCUCAUUAUGGACACUGGAGGAGCUUGGGUGCUUUAAUUUUAUUAACAAUGAAGGCUGCUGGAUAGCCUUUUGCUCAUGUAAUUUUGUAUUUUUGUAAUAAAGUAUAUAUAUAUAUUUUUUAA